AUGCAAACCAAAGCCUUGUUCGUGUUGGCUGCUCUUCUCCUUGCUGUUGCUCUUGGAUCAAACGCUCAAAGAACUCCAAACUUUGUGGUGGAUCAAUUGAGAGGAACUCUUAACCGUGCAGGAGGUGGUUCUUCUUUUGAUUACUUUGUGUUUGCAAUGACUUGGCCAGGAAAUGCUUGCCGCGAGUUGAGUCCAUGUUAUAUUCCAUCAUCCACCUCGGAUUUCACUAUUCACGGUUUGUGGCCUAGCCGUUACACUGGUCCACAAGGCCCAUUCUUCUGUGGAGGUUCCUUUGACUUCAGUCAAAUCCAAGAUUUGGUCCCUGAUUUGAACAACUAUUGGACUGAUUUCAAGAAUGAAGUUCCAUCAUUUUGGCAACACGAAUAUGAAAAGCACGGAACCUGUGCUGCUUCUCUCCCACGUAUGGACAAUGAGUACAAGUUCUUCAAGUCUGUCCUUGAUUUAAGAAAGAGUAUGUCAGUUCUUCCCAACUUGGCUUCUGGUGGUGUCACUCCAUCUGACAGCAAGGUGUAUCACAUUCAACAACUCAAGAGUGCUAUGAAAUCUGCUGGUUAUGGAACUCCUGCUCUUGCUUGCUAUCACGGAGAACAAUAUAUUACUGAAAUGAGAUUCUGUACUGAUAAGAAUUUGAACUUUAUUGAUUGCCCAAUCCGUGAUCAAUGUCACGACACUGUCUUGUUGAACCCAAUCAAUCCUAACAACCUCAAGAGAAAAUAG